AUGCCAGUCGAACUCCAUCAUGAGCGCCAAGUGAAGCAGAUGUGUCUUGUCCAUGCUCUGAAUUCGCUUCUUCAACGCAAAGAAUUCACAUCGAAGGAUUUAGACAGAAUUUGUUAUAGCCUUAAUGAGAACAGAUGGUUCAACCCUCAUAAAUCCAUCCUCGGACUUGGGAAUUAUGACGUUAAUGUGUUAAUGGUUGCUUUAGACAAAUGUGACCUACACAUGGUUUGGUUUGAUAGUCGACGACCCAUCAGUGAUAUUAACCUUGAUGCUGUUGAUGCCAUGAUUUUCAAUGUUCCAUCUGGCCGGAUACCUUGUUGGCCUGGCCGUCAUUGGUUCACAGUAUUGAAGGUAGAAGAUGGGAGCUUUAUGAACAUGGACUCUUUCCUGCCUGUACCCAAAGAGGUUGAUAAUAUUUGCACAUUCACAGAGCAACUGUUUCAAAACGAACAGAAAGUACAGUUGAUACUAAUAAGUAGAGGAGAUCCGCAACUGUGCUAUCAGGGCAACAUUGAUUAA